CCUGGUGAAUCUACAUUGCUAAGUAUACGCAUGCAGCAUGUGAGUUUGAAUUAGAAAUCCUAUUAUUUUCCAAGAACACGUAAUAGUGUAAGAUCAGAAAAAUGACGAAAAUUAAGAAGGUAAAACGGAGAAAGCAAUAUCGUACGAAUGUAAAUCGUAAACGAUUGCGAAAUAAACUGUCCAAGUUACCGACAAUACAAUGUCCUCAAAUAAAAAAAUCUUGGGAAGCAGCAAAAUCUACGCGAACUAAUUUAAACCAAAUGGGAUUGGCAUAUGAUCCAAAUGAUGCUUUGAAGAUACCAAACUUAAAGAGAGAGCAUAUUGAAAAAAUUUUAAAACAGAAAGAUGACAAUGUUGAUGAGAAAUUACAAACUGAAGAGGAAGAUGUUGAAAUUGCACCAAAGAUACAUGUGGCACAACAACUCGAGGCAGAGGCAAAGGCACCGAGAAAAAGGAAGUUUAUGCUACCAAAUAGUCAAGUGUAUUUCCUUACUUACUUAAUGGAUAAGUAUGGAGAAGAUUACAAGGCUAUGGCACUAGAUAAGAAAAAUUAUUAUCAACACACAUGGAAGCAAAUACGUGCUAAAAUUAAAGUAUUCAAAGGCAUCCCUGAACAAUACAAUAAAUAUCUUGAAAACAAAAAUAAAAGUAACAUUAAUUAAUUUCUUAUACUGUUUAGAACAAAUAUAUUCCAUUUUUUAUAUAAAUUUGUAUAUAAAGUAUUGCAGUAUAAAAUGAAUAUAUUAAUUAAUGCUUUUAUUUAGGUAAGUACAAAAACAGACAAGGCAAAAUAAUACUUAUUGUAUAAAACCACUGAUUUCUUUUAUAUUAUAUAUAUAUAUUAUAUGUAAUACUAUACAUUAUGAAUGAAUAAAAUAGAUUUAUGUUCCUAAA